GUCUGGUCUCAUAUCCGGUCGAACCACUCCUCUUUCCUGUUAGCUCAAACUAUAGCUAGGCACUUGUUUAGUGAAAUUUGGCUAAUCUUUUCGUUUAAUUGACUCAUUGGUCGGGUUUAAGUAACCAUUUUAUAAAUAUGGCGGAAGCACUUCAGAAGAAAUUGCAAUCGGAGUUGGAGAAAUACAAACAGAUGCAGAAAGAUGUCAGUAAAAGCAUGUCAGCCCGACAGAAGCUAGAGGCACAGUUGACAGAGAACAACAUUGUCAAAGAGGAGCUGGACCUAAUGGAGAGUUCAAACACAGUAUAUAAGCUUAUUGGCCCGGUACUGGUGAAGCAAGACUUGGAGGAGGCGAAGGCAACUGUAGCAAAAAGGCUAGAAUAUAUUAAUGGAGAGAUUCAAAGAUAUGAAGCACUGUUGAAGGAAAUGGAGAAGAAGUCUGAGCAGCACCGGGAGGUUCUGUCCAGUCUACAGCAGGAGUAUCAGAAAGCCACGGGUCGGGCGGUGGCCAAAGUCUGAGCACAGAGCGGUCAUCUGAACCACUGCAUGCACUCUCACCCUCGGAUGAAACUCUUAUGUUUGGUCUUAAUGGUUAAAGGUUAAAGAUGGAGGAAUGUUGCAAUGUAUUUGCAGCAGUAAGGAGUAUUUGUUUUUUUUUGUUCUAAUAAACAUCGUUGUCAAAACAG